UUAAUCAGGAAUACGACAUUUCAGGGACACUAUACCUAUUUUGAAUUACCCUGUAUAAACGGUUCGGAAGCCCGCUGUACCACAGUAGGAGAUUUUAUACGAGAUCGAGAACUAAACCUCAGAGUUUCAGUCGCCACCGUCGGAGUGAGUCGAUUUCAUCGGUGUUUUCAACACAGUGUUAGAAGAAUGAAUUAGUACGUUCCUCUGAGUAUAUCGUGCAAGAAACAGUGUAACGUGUAAGUACCAAUGAGCUAUCAUAUAUUGCAUACAUUUUUCCACAUUUAAUUGUAUUUUUUUCAAACUGUUUUAGCAAUCGUCGUUACAUGCCGUAUGUUCCUCAAAGUAGUUAUACGCCAUCCAUUCCUCAAAGUUAUACACCAUCCGUUUCUCGAGAUAAAACUGUUUCGUGCAAAAAACACCAUGAUGCGUAAGUACCAUGAAAUUAUCGUAUAUUCGUUCAUACUGUUCAUCAUUUGAUUGUAAUUAUUUUUACUUUAUGUAUUCUUUCAGUUCCGAUAAACCUUGCUACACGCCUCGUAACAUGAGCAGGAGAUUCGCCCUGACAUCCACUGCAUACAAAUACUUGGAUGUUGGAAUCUGCGUGGUAUCUGGUGCAUCCUAUGUGGAAAUCAUUCUCGGCGACAAUCGCGGAAAUCGGAUGGCGUUAGAUUAUUCAAUGUGGACGGAAUUGAACAAGAAACGCGUAGAAAUUGAGCAGCUCUUGAAAACAGCAGAUGCGUCAUUGUCAUCAUCAUCGAUGCAUAUUAACGAUUUAGUUUUAGAACUCGUCACAAUGUACGGCGGAAAAACUGUAAAGCUAACAUUUAACAAUACUUGCAUGUAUAUGAAAGUACCAACUGUAUUAUUUUUAUUCCAACUCGAACAUUGUGUCGAGCACGUAUAUCGCAUACUGUGUGACAUGUUAAGCGAAAUAGAUCAAAGCUUCGAUCAACUUGUGAGCUGCUUACGUGGCAAUUUGAUCGGUGUCGAAAAAGACGAUGCAGUUAGAAUGCUGCACAACUGGUAUGACAAAUCUUCGACCAUAGAUUGUGAACUAAUAGCAUAUGUCGUAGAUGAAAUUAUUGCUGAGGCUUUUAAACGAGAUGAGAACGAUAAAUUUAUAAUUGAAAAUAAAAAUUUAUUGUUUGACUAACAUUUUUCUUCUGCUU